UAUUAUGAUUAAGCAUUGAAAAAUACAUACAACUUCAAAUUUUCACCCUUUUACGAUCAACCCCCGUUUUUAAUCGCGAUUUUUAUAUGCCGCAAUAGGGUUGCAAGAUGGUAAUCGAGUAUAAUAAUUGUAGUAAGAUAAAAUAACGUUUGCCGAGUCAUUUAUAAAUAAUAUAAAAUUAUUUUCUUCCUAAUAUUCGUAAUUUAUUUUAAUAAGUGUUUAAUAUAGUUUAUAUAAAAUUAUUUUUAUUUUCGAAUACAAAAUAAGAUUAAAAUCGUAAAUUCCGUUCUCGCAUUACAUUAAGUCAAUAAUUCUUUUCAUAUAAGAGUUUCCGAUAGGCAGACUCAGGCAUAGAUUACUUAUUUCCAAAUUAAGCCCGUGUAAUUAUUAAUUAAUAUAUGUCUUAUAAUCAUAGGCGUAAUCACCUUGUGCGGGCACCCUCAUGCAAUUCUUUUAUAGUCAAUACUAAUGCUAUUCCCAUUCAAUUUACAUUCUUUUACGUUAUGCUAACUAGUUAUACUUGUAAUCGUACCUGCAUAAUAUAUUAUGUAUAUAUUGGCUAUCAUAAAAGUGACCUUACUAAGGUUAUUCUUAUAUCGCUUUAAUAGAUAACAAACAUAAAUUCUACCAAACAUCGAUAAUUGAGAAGGAAGAAGUUAUAGAACAUGACGAGGACGAUGUGGCUCGACGACCGUGGUACAUGCGCGGCGGGGAGCAGCGGCCCAAACACAGCGAUCCAAAUGAGGGCCUGUUCCCGGAGGACGCGCCAGGUGAUGACAGAGUGGUCCAACAGUUAAUGUACACGUUGCCGAAGGAUGAAACAGUACCUGUGAAAAAAAUUCUACUUGCCAACGGACUGGGCGCAUGGGGCGUGCCCGCCGGUCGAACUGAAUUCAUCCGCAACAAGUGUCCGGUAGACCGAUGCUCUCUCACCGCCGAUGCCAGAGACGCCGCCACGGCUGAUGCUAUUCUAUACAAAGAUCAUCACACACCAUUCAAUAUAAAACGUCCUCCUAAUCAGAUAUGGAUCCUAUACUACUUAGAAUGCCCUUACCACACGGCGUCACUGCGGCCGUCGUCGCUGAAUGUAUUCAACUGGACCUCGACGUACCGGCGGGACUCUGAUAUCGUUGCUCCAUACGAGAGAUGGGUGUACCAUGAUCCCCUUGUCACUGAGAAGGAACUUGACAAGAAUUAUGCAGCCAAUAAAACUAAAAAAGUAGCGUGGUUCGUUUCCAAUUGCCAUGCACGUAACCGCCGUCUGCAAUACGCCCGCCAACUUGCCAAAUACAUUCCAGUAGACAUCUACGGCGCAUGUGGCUCACACCAUUGCCCGAGAACAGAUCCAAAUUGUUUAGAAAUGCUCGACAGAGAAUACAAAUUCUAUCUCGCCUUUGAAAAUUCCAAUUGUCGAGAUUAUAUUACAGAAAAAUUCUUCGUCAAUGGACUGCAACAUAAUGUGUUGCCAAUAGUGAUGGGCGCACGAGCGUCCGAAUACGCGGCAGCCGCGCCGCACAAUUCGUACAUUCAUGUAGAAGAAUUCGCGGGUCCUGAGGAAUUAGCCUCGUACUUGCGUCGUCUCGACGAAGACGAUACGCUUUACAACUCAUAUUUCAAGUGGAAGGGUACGGGUGAGUUCAUAAACACGUACUUCUUCUGCCGUGUGUGCGCGAUGGUGCACGCGAACGAGCGGCGGCAGCGCAGCGCGCACUACACGGACGUGCAGGCGUGGUGGCGCGACGCGGCCUGCACGCGCGGCGAGUGGCGCGCCACCGAGCGCGACACGCGGGACAACGGCUAGGCCCCUGCCACCAGACAUUUUGAACCCAGCUUCGAUCAUAACGAUUUUGAGGUCCAAACCCUGAUAAGUAAACGAGACCAUUUCUAAAUACGUCCAAGCAAAAUUACACCUUUACUGCUACGAAACAGAAUCCUAUAUCAAACCGCAUUUUACGAGACAUUUUACAUACCAUGUCAUUAUGUGCGGUAAAUUAAACGCAUGUAGAAUUGGAAUCGUUGCUACUUGACUCGUUUAGAUCUUCAGAUCAUUUAACGCUCUUAACUUCAACUAUGGAGCAGACUGAGUUAGAGUGCAGCACUAGUUGUAAUGUAUGAAUGUUGACUGUUACGGUUACGAGGUGUCUAGGAAUAACUCAGUGGUAUUCCGAGUUCCCCUCUAUUUGUCCGACCUAUGCAUAUAUUUGUAUAUAUUGGUGAUCUGUGGUUUGAACACACAAAAUUAAACGAUCUUAAUAAAUAGACAUAUAAAUGUCAAAUUAGUUAAUUAAUUUUCAUGAAUGAAAGGAACUCGCAUCUUGAUUUGUACCUACCCAGUUCUUCGAAAAAGAGCAAUUUGUGAACUGGAAAUAUUCCGUGAGUUAAAUUAAAAUAGACGAAUUGUUAUAACACUUAUAGGAUUUAAUAAAUGUUGUGGAGCUAGUACCGGUGACUGAAUUUCAUAUUCGCGUCCAUUAGGUACUUACAUAUUUGUACUAGUUACCUUUAUAAUAUGGUUAACCGAAAAGUUAAUGAGUAGUACACUCACAGACCCUAAAGUGGUCAAUUUCUGUGAACAAUAGAGAUUUUUUGUAUGUGCAUAUUCAAAACAUGCAGCGACAGAUUAUGAUGUUUCUCCGAUCUCCAUUGAUUCACUUAUAAGUGUAAUUGUUUAAAUUAACAUGAGUGUUGCCUCAUCAUGAUCGUUCAGUUCAGACUUCAAAAUUAGAUAUAUAGAAAUAUUAAAGCGGUCGUACUUAUGUAUUAAGCGUUGUUACUACAUCGAUCACAGCAUAAAAUGCCAUUAGGAUUAUGCCUUAACUUCAUUACACCUUGUAAUGUUUAGAGAUAUAAAGCAUAAGUACCAGGUGAGGUAUAGAAGUACCAAUGGAUGACGACAUCCUUUACAACCUGCACCUGACUGAUAGGGUUUUCAUGAAAUCUCCAAUACUGUUCCGUGUUCGAUGUAUUAUAGUUUCUCUAUUACUCCCUCUCUUUCUCUCUCUCUCUCUUUGGACCGUACUCUAUUCUGUUAUUAAUGUUUUAUGUAAGUAGGUAUUUGUAAUAUGUGUCUAAAUAACUAUACUUUCGUAUUUCACCUAGUCACAUGCUUUAAAUCUCAUCUCUGAAACUGAAACAUUACAGUUAAUAAUAUUCGAGCUUUUUAUAAAUUAAUAUAGGUAACUCGUCUAAUAGUGCAAUUAUAAUAUCUAUUAUAUAUUCACUUACCAUAAUUUUAUUCAAUAAUUUAAUUAGUUUCUAUGUUUUUUUUUUCACAUAUUACCUUAUACAUUUAAGUAGGCAAUAUACUUCAUUAAGUCUUAUAAAGACUGCUAUAUUUAAGUUUGCCGAAGGCUAAAUAUUUAAAUACAUAACCACUAUACAUAGUUUGUUUCAAUAGAAAAUAAUGAAAAUGUAAACAAAGAACAGAUCUGACUAUAAGGGAGGCUCCCUUUGUUGUUGUUGAUGUCUAAUUACUGUUUAGAUCAAAAAUCGUAUUUAGUUGAAUGUUUCGAUUUGUUACUAAUUUUACUUAUAAAUUAAUUCAGUAACAAUUUCAACAAAAUAUAUUUAACUUUCCAUUAAAUUCUAUUGAAACAGAUCGCUGCUACUACACCCACAUGUGAAGUCUAUAGAUAGUAAAUACUUCUGUAAAAAGACAAUUUAUUAAAAAUACAACGUAGGUUUACCUAGGUACCUACGAAUUUGUACUUAAUUUUUCUCCAUAUAAAUAUAAUAGGCAUGAAAAUUACGCUAAGUUAAAUAAUCAUUAUUUAUUACCUAAGUUAAUUAUUUGGAGUUUUGUAAGUAUAUUGUUGUACUUACCAAGUAAGUCGGAGCUCAACGUGUCUAGUCACGACGCCAUUGAAAUUGAGCACAAGUUUUAUAUGCAAUCGUUAUUACACAUUUUUCUUCUACACAACGUCUAUGCACAAAGCUGUGACCAGCCUCCCCAGACAAGUAACAAAUACAUGUAUUGAUAGAUACAUUAUCACUACCGCAUGCUUGCGAUAAAAAAGAGACGUCAAACCUCUAAUAUCCUGUUCUUUCUCAUGCGUACAUUAACGGAAAUGAAUUUACCUAUAGAUUCGGUUACGUCUUGUCUAGGAGGCUGUUUACGUAUUUACCUAUUUAAUCAUAAUUUAUAAAUAUUUUUUAAUCUUCGUACUAUUAAUAAGCACCUCUUUAUAAUUUUAGAUGUUUUUUUUUUUUAACUUGUUGAAGAAUUUGUGUCUAUUAAAUAGGUACUUUUGAUUAUUUAUAGCUGUUACAAUUUGUGAUAUAGAUAUUCCAUUUGCAUAAAAUUUGACUUGUUCUAUAAAACCAAUAAUAUAAAGGACGUAGCCGAAAAAAUUUAAUUUACAUUUUUAUACGAUUUAGAAUACCGAACAAGAUCAUAAACUUUAACCAAGCUACAACUGACUAUGCUGUUACAUCUUAGUAUCCUGUAAUUUCACUACCACAUCCUUCAAACUAAAAGGCAAAACCUAAGAUACAUAAGACAAUCAUGCAAGGACAACUUCACGCAAAAACACGAGUGAGAGAUAAGUGAGGCGCUAGGGUGCUUCACUUGUAUAAAAUAUCCUUCUGCUUCUACCGUCGAUGUUCAAUUAGGUGGCAGGAAUUUUGCUAAGAAUUUAAAAAAAGUUUUUUUUUUUUUUUAUAUAAGAGAUUUAUUGACAACCGUUUUCUUUGGGAAAUCACUUAAAAAUUUAUAUUAGAUGUUCACUCUCCCCACCCCCAACUCCUUAACAAACUUUUAUCAGACCCAUAACAAAAUCAAAUCUUGGCUACGCCCUUGAAUGGUUUUUAUUUUAUAUUGUAAAAUUAUCUAUACCUGUAUUACAUUUAUAUCUCAAAAUUUGCGAUGUCAACACAAUUUUUUUAUCAGGGUAUUAUUGUUAGUAAUUAUUAAGAGAAAUGUGUUACUCCGAGUAAUUAUUUUCUUGUCCUCGGGUAAGUAGGUAGAUGCUUCCUUUUUGUUAGAAUAUCACACGAAUUAUAUAUGUAGUCAUGCACGUCCACUGUGUAAAAAUAUUAAUAAAUUGUUGAAGUUUCUCCAUAUUUCAUCGCAGUAUAUGGGGAAGUCACAUAGUCCAAAGAUUUCCCGUAUGAUAGUAGGUACUUAAAACAAAAACUUCACCUAUAACGAAUUACAUACUAAUAAUCUAAUAAUCAAAGUAUUCCCUUUUUUAUCUAACUUAGAAUAGCAAACAAGCUGGACAGUCCACCUGAAGGAAAGUUCUAAUUGUCACCUAUAAACAUCAACAGUACCAUGAUAUAACAGCGUAUACUAUGUCGCACAUGAUACCCUUUAUGCGUUGCUAUUCCUGAGGACUAAUAUGUUACGCCUCUGUACCCUUUAAUUUCAUUGUCAUAUCUCACCCUCAAAAUCGAAACUCAACCAUGCAAACACAACUGCAUACGGCAGAAACACGAAUGGGACAGAGGUACCCAAGCAGAUGACUUUUGAUUAAAUGUUUUUACAAUGUUUCUAUAGUUGACGUUAAGUUUCUAUAUGCCUACUUACCUAAUAUUUCUUGGGAUAUAAAAUAUUUUAUUAAAAAUUAAGAAACCAAUGUGCACUCUGUACUUAAUAUAGGCACUUAUUCGUAAUUUUAUUAUUACUUAAAUUUAACCAAUUAUAGACUGGCAAUUCCAAAAAUGCAUUUUGUUUUUAUAAUAGUUUAUAGUGUUUUUAUGGUUUAACUAAUAUUUAACUUUAUUGUUUAUAUUCUAGUAAGAAACUUAUUUACUUCUUGUUAAAAAUACAAUUUUAAUUAGAAUUAUAUGAAAGAAAUGCGCUAGAAAUGGUCUAGUACAUAAAAAAUAAUUGCAAUAUAAUAUGACACUUGCUUAAAAAUGUGCUGAGGCUGUGAAAAAUUAAAACAUUUUUCUUACCAAUUAAAAAACACCAAACUAAAUAUAAAAUCAAUGUUAAUAGUGUAUAAACAAUAUUCCCUAUUUACUGUGGAAGAUGUAGGCUCAACAGUUCUAGUAAUUAUACAUAUAUUUCUUGAGUCUUUUAUUAAUAUUAAGUUGAUUGUUAAAUAGUUGGCCUUAAUGUCACAUUAUAAAAUUUAAUUCAUGCUUAUACAGUACAAUGAAUCACAAAAAAAAAUAUACCUAGCGAUCACCUCACUGUUCAACAUCAAUAAAUGAAAAACAAAU